AUGGUGCCUUACCUGUCGCUCCCCUGCCCUCCCCACCCCCAACUCCGAUCAAAUAAUCCUGCCGCACGGAUCGACUUCGCCGCUCCAUCUCCACGUGUUGGCGUCCUCCUCUCGGACCGCCGCGUUCCAUCCCUUGGCUGCGCCUCCGUUAAAGCCGACCUGGCCGUCGCUCCGCUCACCAUCAACUACAUGCGCGAGAAGGUCAUCGACUUCUCCAAGCCCUUCAUGACCCUGGGCAUCAGCAUCCUGUACCGCAAGCAGAACGGCACCAACCCGAGCAUCUUCUCCUUCCUGAUCCCCCUCUCGCCCGACAUCUGGAUGUACAUCUUGCUCGCCUACCUGGCCGUCAGCUGCGUCCUCUUCGUCAUCGCCAGGUUCAGCCCGUACGAGUGGAAGAACCCUCACCCCUGCAACCCGGACUCGGACGUCCUGGAGAACAACUUCACGAUGCUCAACAGCCUCUGGUUCGGCGUGGGAGCACUCAUGCAGCAAGGCUCGGAGCUGAUGCCGCGUGCCCUGUCGACGCGCAUCGUUGGCGGCAUCUGGUGGUUCUUCACCCUCAUCCUCAUCUCGUCCUACACGGCCAACCUGGCCGCCUUCCUCACGGUCGAGCGCAUGGAAUCGCCCAUCGGCUCCGCGGACGACCUCGCCAAGCAGACCAAGAUCGAGUACGGGGCCGUGCGAGACGGCUCCACCAUGACCUUCUUCAAGAAGUCGCGCAUCUCGACGUACGAGAAGAUGUGGGCGUUCAUGAGCAGCCGCCACCAGACAGCGCUCGUCAAGAACAACGAGGAGGGCAUCCACCGAGCCCUGACCACGGACUUCGCCAUGCUCAUGGAGUCGACAACCAUCGAGCACGUGACGCAGCGCUACUGCAACCUCACCCAGAUCGGGGGCCUCAUCGACAGCAAGGGCUACGGCGUGGGCAUGCCCCUCGGCUCGCCCUACCGCGACAUGAUCACCAUCGCCAUCCUGCAGCUGCAGGAGGGGGGCAAGCUGCACACGCUCAAGGAGCGCUGGUGGCGCAGCAGCUCCUGCCCCCAGGAGGAGACGAAAGAGGCGAGCGCCCUGGGCGUGCAGAACAUCGGCGGCAUCUUCAUCGUCCUCGCCGCCGGACUCGGAGUCGCCGUCGUCGCCGCGCUGGCAGAGUUCCUCUACGGGUCGCAGCGCGCUGCCACUCGCGACAAGCGUUCGGUGCUGAGCGCGAUGAGCGAGUCACUGCGCGUGUCGCUGCGCUGCCGACACAAGGUUCGGAGGUCACCACCCCCCGCCACCAACAACACCACCACCACCGCCGCCGGUACCACGGCCGCCACGGUCGUGGUGGGUCUCAUGCGCUCCGAGGAGCCGCUGGGCAUGCACGCCUACAACAACCGGCGGUUGCCCGUGUCCGCCAAGGAAACGCUGGCGUGACCAGCACCACCAGCAGCACCACAACCUCCGCUUCGAAGAUGAACUCGAGGAAGGAAGGAAGAGAGAGAGAGAUGCUCAAGCAACGCAGCGGCGAGAAGCUUCACUGUUUAUAGUCGGUCCUCCGCUUCAACUCGGGCCGCGUGGUUUGCAUCAUCUGCGGGCGGUGGAGUUGAGCGAACGCCGCCUUCGCCGAACAAAUCUUUUGAGGAUUUUUGCGGGUGGGCGAGACUCUAUACAUAUAUAAAUACGAACUACGCCGGGGAAGAUUUUUCUUGCUGUUGUUGUUGGGUUUGGUUAAUUUCGGUGAAUGAAAGUCGGCGCCCCGGGCGUGCGCUGGUUUUGCCUUCCGGCAUCUGCCCGUUCCCCCGUUCCCCCGUUCCCGCUGCGAGGCGGACGCAGUUGCUGGAGGCGCUGCGAAUCCGGGCAACGCGCACAGCGGUUGGGCGGGUAAAAAGGACAUUGUCUUUGUGUUGUUUCAAGAGAGAGGCGUACGUAGCGGCAGCGCGCCCCCGUGGUUCUUUUGACGUCGCCGCGACUCAACCGCGGAGAUCCGCGCCGCGGCACGGACAGCGCUGAUCUCAAACGACAGCCGGCGCCAGAAGCUGUGUCACACACACGCAGGCAGAUAGACACACAGAUACACACACACACACGCAGACACACAUACAGACAGAUACACAGACACACACACACGCAGACACACAUACAGACAGACACACAGAUAUACACAGACAGACACACAGACACAUACAGAUACACACACACACGCAGACACACAUACAGACAGAUAGACAGACACACACACACAGACACACAGACAGACAGACACACAGACACACACAGACAGAUAGACACACAGACACACACACAGAUACACACACGCAGACAGACAGACACACAGACACACAUAGACAGAUAGACACACAGACACACAGACAGAUAGACACACAGACACACACACACACACGCAGACACACAUACAGACAGAUAGACAGACACACACACGCAGACAGAUAGACACACACGCAGACACACAUACAGACACACACACAGAUAGACACACAGACACUCACACAGGCACACACACACAGACAGACACACAGACACGCACACAGAUACACACACACGCAGACACACACACACACAGAUAGACACACAGACACUCACACACAGACAGACAAACACACACACACACAGACAAACACACAGACACACAGACAGGCACACACACGCCCCCGUCACCCCCUUCCACGCGCGUGGCCUUGUUGGGGGCGAAUCUUGGUACGUUCCUGCCCGAUGGAGUUGCUUCGUAAAAACUUACGCGCGCGUCAUCCGGAAACGGAACCGGGAGAGAGAGAAAGUCAUACCGUGGAUGCGCCUGCCUGUGUGCGUGUGUGCUUGUGUGUGUGCGUGCGUGUGUGCGUGUGGGUGUGCGUGCGUGUGUGCGUGCGUGUGUGUGCGUGUCUGCGUGUGUGUGCAUGCGUGUGUGUGUGUGCAUGCGUGUGUGCGUGCGUGCGUGCGUGUGCGUGCGUGUGUGUGUGCGUGCGUGUGUGCGUGCGUGCGUGUGUGUGCGUGCCUGCCUGCGUGUGCGUGCGUGCGUACGUCAUCGCAAACAGGAAGAGUUAAAAAAAGUUUUUAAGAAAACGGGAACGCGAAAUGCGUCAAGACAAAAAAAGUAUACGAAUGCAUCCAUCUAGAGAAAGCAAAACGCGAGCUUGGAUCGAACUUCUGCUUCGGUGAAAACCUCUGGACGACGCAGAAACGUUCACCGCGUCGCGCAGAGCGAGCGUGAGGGCACCAUUUGUUAUUCGUUCAUUCUCUUAUUUCUUUCGGUAAAGUCACGUAGGUAAAAAAAUGAAAUGAAAAUUAAUAAAAAAAUAAAAUUAUUUUGAUUUCAUUUUUUUAAUUAAUAAAAUUUUUUAUAAAAAUAAAAUUAUUUUAAUUUCAUUUUUUACCUACAUGGUGACUUUACCGAAAGAAAUAAGAGUAUGAAUCCUUGCAGUCACGAAAGCUUCAAAUCUGCCGGGAGGGUUCAUAUUCUUAGGUUUUUUCGGUAAAGUCACGUAGGUAAAAAAUUUUAAUUAAUAAAAGUAAAAUAAAAAUAAAAUCACGACGUUUCGGAGGCAACACAAGCUUCCGUCU